UCCUAUUUCCUAUCGAUUUCUUCCACACCUACCGGCGCCCGGGAACGACCCUGUUCCGAUGCUACGGUCGCCGCCGCUGCCAGUGCCACUACGCCCUUCCGCUGUCCGCGCCUCCCCGCUUCCGCCCCCUAGACCUAGAGCUGCAAACCCUAACACCGAGUCGACGACGACAACAACUGCCGCCGCCUCAGCGGACAGAGCGGCCACCAUGGGCGCGGCGGCGUGGUGGCGGCGCGCGCUGGGUCAGCGGUUCAACCCAACCGGCGUGGCCGCGGUGGCGGCCGUCGCGGCGUCCAAGCCGAGCCUGGCGCUGCCGCACGUGUCGGUGCAAGACAUCAGGUGGCUAGACUGGGCUGAACUCCGCCGCGCCGGGUUCCGCGGCGUCGUUUUCGACAAGGACAACACGCUCACCACCCCCUACGCGCCCGCGCUGUGGCCGCCACUCGCGGCAACGUUCGACCAAUGCCGCGCGACGUUCCCGCCCGGUGCGCUCGCCAUCUACAGCAACUCCGCAGGGUUGACGGAGUAUGAUCCGGACGGGCUGGAUGCGAGGGCGAUUGAAGCGGCCAUCGAGGGGGUUCAUGUGAUCAGGCAUGAUACAAAGAAACCAGGUGGACCAGCUAAUGAAAUAGAGAGUUACUUUGGUUGUUCAGCCUCAGAUCUUGUGUUGGUUGGUGACCGUUACUUCACUGAUGUGGUCUAUGGAAACAGGAAUGGCUUUUUUACAGUACUGACAGAGCCUUUAAACAUUGCUGAUGAAUCGUACAUUGUCAAAAGGGUUAGGAAACUGGAGGCGUACAUCAUCAAUUAUUGGUACAAGAAAGGGUACAAACCAAUGGAGCAUCCUUUGCUCCCAGAUGCAAGAAGAAUAGUGAAGUUUGACCCAUAUGACGACUCAGUUACGACCAGAAUAUAGUGUAAUGAUAUAUGUUGCACCUGCUCACAGUAGAAAUUCACCGGUUUAGCAAAAAAAAAAAAAAAAAAGAAAUCCACCGGUUUCUUUCUCCAGUAGAGUGAGAUCUGUUGUUUGUAGCUUUGUAGAAGAUUACAAGGGAGAAACAUAUGGUGUGUAGAGAUUUGUUGUUUUUUCUCCCUCUCGAGCAGAAUGCAAUUUAGGGAAAUGUCUGUCGUGUGCGUGAACAUUACUUUGUCCUUGUUCAUUUUGCAUGAAGAAAAGAUAGUCCUCCGUACAUA